AUGGGAGUCAUGAAUGAAAGCCUCCCUGAGGAGUUCAUUCUACUGGGCUUUGCUGACCGACCUUGGCUGGAGCUCCCUCUGUUCAUUCUUCUUCUGAUAACAUACCCCAUGGCCAUGAUGGGAAACAUUGCUAUCAUCCUGGUGUCCAAGUUAGACCCUCAUCUUCACAGCCCCAUGUACUUCUUCCUCACCAACCUCUCCUUUCUGGACAUGUGUUACACCACAAGCAUUGUCCCUCAACUCCUCUCUAACCUGGGGAGCUCUAAGAAGACCAUCACCUAUCUAGGGUGUGCAGUUCAGCUUUAUGUCUUCAGCACAACAGGGGCCACAGAGUGUCUGCUUUUGGCCGUUAUGUCCUUUGAUCGCUAUGUGGCCAUCUGCAGACCUCUGCACUACACCCUCGUCAUCAAUCAGCACAUCUGCUUUCUCCUAGUAUCCACAGUGUGGUUGACAGGUGUUAUCUAUGCUGUUUCAGAGGCCACCAUUACACUUCAACUGCCACUAUGUGGCAUCAAUAAAUUGGAUCACUUGUUGUGUGAGAUUCCAGUUCUGAUCAAGACUGCCUGUGGUGAAAAACAGGCUAAUGAGCUUGCACUGUCUGUGACUUGCAUUUUUAUCAUAGCUGUUCCUCUAUGUUUAAUUUUAGCUUCUUAUAUGUGCAUUGGAAGUGCUGUGCUGAAAAUUAAAUCAUCUGAAGGAAGGAAAAAGGCCUUUGGCACAUGCUCCUCUCAUCUCAUUGUUGUUCUAUUAUUUUAUGGUCCAGCUGUCAGCAUGUACCUUCAGCCCUCCUCCUCUAUCUCCAGGGACCAGCCCAAGUUCAUGGCUCUCUUCUAUGGGGUCGUGAUUCCAACACUCAAUCCCUUCAUCUAUACCCUAAAGAAUAAGGACAUGCGGGGUGCAUUACAGAAGCUGGUGAGGGGCAUUUUUUGUUCCAAGUAA